AUGGCUUUUCAUCGUCUAAAUGAAGAAGUGAACUCGGAGAGUGCAAAGUAUCCCUCGGGUUUAAAAGUAGCCCUAGUCUUUUGGGCUUUGUGCUUGACUGUAUUCUUGGUGGCGCUGGAUCAAACAAUCAUUGCUACUGCAAUCCCCACUAUUACCUCCCAAUUCCAUAGCGUCGAAGACAUCGGAUGGUACGGUAGUGUCUUUCUCCUCACGAACUGCAGUUUCCAGCUCUUCUUUGGCAAGCUCUAUACCUUAUUUCCGCUCAGAUGGACCUUUGUGAGCGCUGUAUUGGUCUUUGAGGCUGGCUCCGCCAUUUGUGGCGCGAGCCCUAACUCCGCCGCCCUCAUCAUAGGGCGAGCCAUUGCUGGGAUUGGAGGCGCUGGUAUUUUCUCAGGCGCUCUGAUUAUCAUCGCCAAAUCAGUGCCCUUGUCGAAGCGACCAGCCUUUACUGGAAUAAUCGGCGCAGUAUGGGGUAUAGCAAGUGUGAUUGGUCCCUUGUUAGGGGGGGCUUUUACAACUCAUGUAUCUUGGCGCUGGUGCUUCUACAUCAAUUUGCCAAUUGGUGCUAUGGCCAUCCCUUGCAUUGUUCUUUUCCUCUCGCAAAAGCCGGAAACCAGGCUGAAGCCGAAAGGCUGGGCGACCUUAAGCCAAUUCGAUCCCGUCGGGACGAUCUGUUUCGUUGCUUCCAUUGUUUGUCUUUUGAUUUCACUCCAAUGGGGAGGAACCCAAUAUUCAUGGAGAGAUGGCCGCAUGAUUGCGCUACUGACGGUGUUCGGAGCGCUGAUGAUCAUUUGGGUACUAACGCAAUGGCGAGGCGGCGACAAUGCGACAGUCCCCCUUCGUGUUCUGCGGCAGCGCACAGUUGCCUGUUCGACAUUUUAUAUUUUCUUUGCUAGUGCGUCGUUUGUUUUACUCAUAUACUAUUUGCCAAUCUGGUUCCAAGCAAUCAAGGGUGAUUCUCCUGAUCAGUCCGGUAUCCAUAACCUGCCCACUGUUCUGAGCGUCGUGAUAUUUGCAAUCGUGAGUGGCCUGGGCGUCUCACUUGUGGGAUAUUACAGCCCAUUUAUGAUCGCGGGUUCAAUCAUAAUGGCAGUUGGCGCUGGGCUGUUUCUCACAUUUAAAGUCGAAACACCAACAUCGAUGUGGUUUGGUUUCCAAGUUGUCUUCGGUGCGGGGGCUGGUAUUGGAAUGGAGCUUGCGAACAUUGCUGUUCAGACAGUUCUUCCCGAGAAGGACGUCUCCGUCGGGACAUCAUUGGUGGUCUUUGCUCGCUCACUUGGAGGUGCCAUCUUCGUCUCCGUAGGCCAGAAUAUUUUCGGAAACCACAUUGUCACUGAAAUGCGUGCACAAGUUCCUGAACUAGACCCUUCUAUUGUCCUUCAGUCCGGAGCGACCGAUCUUAGCCGCACAGUGACGCAAGCUAUUUCGGGCCAGGCCGACACGGUAGUUGCUCAGGUCUUAGAGAUAUACAACAACGCGAUCGUCCAGACCUUUGUCCUCGCUUUGGCUUUAGCCUGUGUCGCCAUUACUGGUGCCAUGGGCGUCGAAUGGCGAUCCGUGAAGGACAAACCCAAGGAACUAAAGUCGGAGGAAAAUCCUGGACGCGUAACUAAUCCUUGA